UUCAUCACCCAACUUGCCCACUUGCCUAUAAAAAGCCAACCAACUACCUAUCCUUUUCCAACAACACCAUACAACAUCUCAAUAUUUAGCAGCAGCAGAACAACUCCAUAAUUCUGUCACAUGACCAAACAAUGGAGUUCCCAGCAUCUCACUCUGUUCCCUGGCAAUACCUACUCCCUUCUCACCUUCUCUUUCCCUACAAUUUCAUUCCAGAAAACUAUGUUCGCUGGACAGAAACCCCUGAAUCUCACAUUUUCUCUGCUGACAUACCCGGUGUGAAGAAAGAAGAGCUGAGAGUGGAGGUUGAGGACUCAAGGUACCUCAUAAUCAGAACUGAAGCUGUGGAUGAAUCCACUGAACCUGCGAGGAAGUUUGAGAGGAAGUUUAGGCUUCCGGGGAGGGUUGAUCUCGAUGGCAUCUCUGCUGGGUAUGAAGAUGGAGUCUUAACUGUUACAGUUCCAAGAUCACUUAGGAGAGGUUUCUACAUUGACCCUGCUGAUGUGCCUGAGAGUGUUGAAUUUCUUGCAAGAGCUGCUUGAAUUAACGGUGCUUGUUUUUGGAGCUACCAUUUGCUGAUUCAUCCCGGAAUAUUCUAUGGGAAUUAAACAAUUAAUGAAACAUUGGUUAUGGUGUCUUUGCAUGAUUUGGGCCAUGUCAAGGUCAUUAUUGUGUACAAAAUGUUUGUGAUCUCAUUGUUUUCUAUUAUUUUCAGAAGUGACAUCCAAGAUUAGAACUCACAAACAUGGAUAUGUAGAAGUAAAACAAAUUUACAGGUUCCUAAUUUAGCUAACUUUUAUUAUCGUGUGUUUCAAGUCUUUUCACUUGUUGAGUGUGCGUGAUUAUUGUAGAUAACACACAGCACAUGAGGACGAAUGAACUUCCAAGAAAACGGGUGGAUCUAAUUUCACUCUAAAAUAUUUAUGCUGGAUGAAAUUAAUUUGCCAACCCACUUUGGUAAUUUCGAAUAUUUUUUAAGGAUUUGUUAGUCAAUUGCUUCCGUUGGAUUUAAAAAUGGCUAUGACUGAAAAAUCUUCUUACCAAACAGGCCAAGUGGAUGCAGAUAUUUUUUGGGGGUCGUAAUCGGCUAUUCAAUUUUUUAUUUAUUGAAGAGGGCAAUUUUGAGUGCACAAGAAUCCACAGACAUGGAAUAUUUCCAUGUCCCACUCCCAUUCAGAAUUGCAUCACAUUCACAUGAUCACUAUGUUCCACAAUUUUUAUUAUUAUUUUGGAAUAGAGUAUCAUUUUUAUAUAAAAAAUAACAAAUAAUGUUUCAUAAAAAUUAAACAAUUUUAAAAUAUUUUUGAGAUAUAUAUAAUGAUUUAAAAAAUUAUAUAUGAUAUCAAUUUGUAAAUACUCUGAUAUCUUAACUCUUUACAUAAUAAGAUAUUUCUUCUUAAUUAAUUUCUUUGGCUUCCAUUAUGGGCAUGUCAAUCAAUAGUAAUUAACCAAAGCUUGGUGUUAUAUUUCUACUAGCUAGCCACCAAAUCUGACCGCUUUUUUUCUCAGCUUGCCUUCCUUUUAAGAUUCUCAUGUAAUGGUUUCAUCAAUGGUAGAGGCCUUGCUUAUCUCCUUGUCGCCUUCUACGAGUUUAAUAUAUCAUUAACCAAAAUAUUUGAUGUUUCACUUUAAAGUAUAUAUUUUAAAAUAUAGGUUUUGUUAAAAGAAAAUUUGUAUUUUAUUUUUAUAACUUUAACAUUAUAUGUAUGUAUAUAUACUUUUUAAGCAAUAAU